AUAACGACAAAGAUUUAUUCAAAUCCAAAAAACAUCUAAAAGUUGUCAAAUUUUGUCAAUUGUAAAUUAUGUACAUUACUAAAACCAAAGGAAUCUAUUUAUAAAUCGCUAUAACUGUUAGUAUCGCGCUCCCUUAAAAAGCUGAUGGUCGGCGAAACAAAAAGUUGCAGUCAAAAUGAACAUACAGCUGACUGGCUAGGUUUAGGAUAUUUUUUUGUUAAUAAACCUUAUUUUAUGAUAUAAAUAAUGACACCAUUAGAAAGAUUACAAUGGAUAAUCUGCUUUUCUGGCUUUUUGGAUUUAUUUGGUGUAGCUAUGUUGUACCCGCUUCUCAUACACCAAGCUAAAACCUUAGGUGCUACUCCAGGCCAAGUUGGGUUAUUUGGAUCCAUCUAUGGUACAUUGCAAUUCUUCACUAGCCCUAUUAUGGGUCAAUUGAGUGAUCAUGUUGGGCGAAGAACAGUACUGUUGAUGAGUUUAGUGGGAACUGCUGUUGGAUACAUUCUGUUAGGAAUGUCAAACAGUAUAAUAUUAAUGGCAUUAGCGAGGGUUCCAUCAGGUAUUUUCAAACACAGCCAGUCGAUGAGCCGUACAUACCUUGCAGAUAUUUCACCUCCGCAACAGAGAGCAAGUGCUUUUGGAAUGUUUAACUCCAUGUCCAGUCUCGGUUUUAUAGUUGGUCCUACACUGGGAGGCAUAUUAUCAACAACUGAGAAUGGUUUUCAAAGAGUUGCCAUGUUGUCUUCUUUGCUUUUCAUUCUCAACGCAUGCUUUGUUUAUUUGCUUAUUCCUAAAUAUUUCGGAGAUAAAAAGAUGGACGAGGGAAGCCGUAUCACACCUAAUAAACCGAAGUUUGACUUUCUUUCAUCCCUUAAUACUUUUAAAGAUGUACAUUUAAUACCCUGGCACUUAGUGUGGGAUGUGUUCACAGUUCGAUUUUUAAUGAGUUUUUCUAUGAUAUUGUAUCGUUCAAACUCAUCUAGCGUGUUAGCCUACAAAUUUGAUGCUGAUGCUCGUACCAAUGGGUAUAUCAUCUCAUUUAACGGCAUAGUAAGUGCUAUUGCUGGCGUCUUAGUUCGAUGGAUAGCACCUUACUUCAGUUCGAAUUCAAGUCUUAAUAAUGCGUUUUCAAUCAUAUUGAUAUUGUCACUUGUCGCAAUCACUCUGGCGCCGACGCUAUUUGUCGUAGUUAUCGCCAUGAUACCUCUGUGUAUAGCUUCCUCUGUGUUGCGUGUUACCAAUGCGACAGCUAUUUUCAAUCGAGGUGGCGAAAGGGUGCGUGGUUUAGUAAAUGGACUGGGCGAUACGUUAACGUCUCUGGCUAGAGCUUUAGGACCUGCUAUAGCUGGCUAUGCGCAGGAAGUGAGCCUGUACGGUCCAGGUGGGUGUGGCAUUGUUUUGGCUGUAAUAGGAACGUUAGUGGGGCUAUAUUCACCUGCUGAAGAUUGGAAAUUUCACGUAGAAUAAGCGAUGUUUUAAUAGAUUUCUGCAGAGAUACAAAGUUUGCGUGGAACCAUAUGAGACAGAGUUAAUUCGAGUCCUCUGUUAUUCACUGCAUAAAUAUGGUUAUCGAGUUUCAAUAAAAAGUAGCGGUUAUUCGUGAAUUCAUAAAAGAAGAACGUGAUCAAAGUAGCUUGUUUUUUAAACUACGGCAGUACAUUUCCAACGUACCGCCUAUGGUUGACAGAGUGUAUGCGUCGCAUUUUUAUUACCUACAUACUUUUUUUUUAUAGUCUGUUAUUUUAAAAUUUAGUUGCUACAUUUAUUUUAGACCCAAAUUUUUGAUUAGAGCACAACCCCAAACUUUAAAUUAAAAAUACACACAACACUAAACUUUUAAUUGAUAAUACUCAUAAAUCCAAAUUACUAAUUAGAAAUACUUAAAAAUUUUUGAUUAAAAAUACGCACUUCUUCAUUUUCUUAGGGUAGGGUAAUUUAAUUUUUAAUUUAAAGAAUUUUACAUUAUAAUACAUUUCGCAUACUUUUUAUUCUAUUUCGAUGCUGCCACAAAAACCCUUAUAUUGUAGUCUUACCAAGUCAUAAUUUUUCGUGUCCGUUGAGCACAACACCAAUGAACCGUAUGCGUAUAGCGCUGUAUAGGUGACACUUUUUACCAAUAAGCCUCGUUUUCAAGCAGAGGUUAGUUAGCACAAAAUUUAAAAAUCUUCUGUAACAGGUUAUUUGUUGGCUGUAUAAAUCUAAGAAUUUCGCAAUUUAUCAAGUUUUCCUUGAGAUAUCAAAUAUAGCAUUCCUUUUGUGAACGUUAAUAAAAAGCUGCGUCACACAAUGGUCACACCAAAGAAUUUAAUGCGCAAAAGGCGUCCUCAUAAGGUUUUGACCCCAGCGUGUAAAAACACAUUUUUAAUCACAUGGCAGAAAUAUAUGGGACAGUUAUUGAAAUACCUAAAUGCACGAUAUUUUCGUGAAAAAUUAAACAAUGUUUUUCUUUUUUUAAGGAAAGAAAUUGUUUUCGGA